UUGUUGUAUCUGUGUCCCCAGGUGCAGGCUGAUGGAACAGACGAAGGCUGUGUGACGUUUGUUCUUCAUGAGGAGGAUCACACUCUGGGGAACUCUCUACGUUACAUGGUUAUGAAGAGCCUGGAUGUAGACUUCUGUGGUUACAGCAUCACUCACCCCUCUGAGAGCAAAAUCAACUUCCGCAUCCAGACCCGAGGUGGGAUUCCAGCUGUGGAACCUUUGAGAAGAGGACUGAAUGACCUCAGUGAUGUCUGUCAACACGUCCUCAACACCUUCCAGAGGAGUGUGAGUGAGUUCAGGUCUCAGCAGGAGGACGUCAUGGAUUGAGGAGCCCACUGCUGACCCAGCGGGGGCGUUGACAGCAUAUCAACCAUACAACUCUGUAUUUCUAUCCUAAUGCUGUACAUUGUUGAUAGAUAAAUGAUUUAUUUUCCCAAUGAACCAAUAUGUUGUAUUAAUAUUGGAGGAGUAUCCUGUCGGCAUGACAGUCUGUUUGUCUAACCUUUAGUAAAGUGUUUCAUCAGA